AUGUCAACUAACAUAAAUAAUACUGAAGAACAAUUACAAUCAAUUAAUAAACCUUACACAGUGAAUAUAACUCAAAAUGAAAGAAAGAUGAGAAUACAAAAUGAACUUAAACAUGAAAAUAAUGUACAGCUCCAAUGCGUUUAUGUUGAAGGAAUUCCUAAUGAAUGGAAAACAGAUGAUUUACAAAAUUAUUUUAAACAAUGCUCACCUUCAAAAGUAAAUGUCCCAAUUGAUAAAAAGACUCACCUUUCAAAAGGGUAUGGAUUUAUUUAUUUCUACACUUCAAUUAUUGCAAAUAAUGUUAUAGAUAAUUAUAAUGAAAAAAUAAUCAAAGGACAUAAACUUUAUUUACAACACGCAAAUUCACAACCAAAACAAAUCAGUUUUUUUACUAACGCUUUAAAACAAUCAAAUUCAUCUUCAUUAAAAGGCAUAAUAACAGUACGUAUAUUUAAUAUUCCAUUUACUUGGAAAGAACAUGAUGUAUUGGAAUAUUUUAAAGAAUUUCAUCCACUAAAAGCAUUAAUAAUUUAUGAUAAAGAGUCUAAAAUAUCAAAAGGGUAUGCAUUUAUUUAUUUUUCUAGUUUAAAUGAAGCAAAUAAAGUAAUACAGAAAUUUAAUGGAAUUAAAUAUAGAGGAAAAGUAUUUUCAUUAAAACUUAGUCAACCAAAUAAAGAAGAAAAAGGUCAGUGUAUUACUACUUCUCAACAUAAUGUUCCUCAAAGAAAAGAUAAAACUGAACAAAAAAAAAUAAUAACAUUAUAUGAAUUCUCUUUUCGAGAAUUUCCUAAAAACUGGACAAAAGAUAAAAUUAAAAAAUUCAUAGAAUCAUUUGGUGUAAUUAUUUUUAGUAUUAAAAUAGAUACUAAUAAAAUUACUAAAUCAUUCACUGGUUGUGGAAGUUUAAAAGUUAAAACUAGAGAAGGUGCUGAGACUAUAAUCAAAAAAGUUGAUGGAUUAAUAAUUGAAAAUUGUCAAAUUAAAUGUAAACUUAAAUCAUCUAAACAACAACUUGAAUUACAAAAAAUUAUUAAUUCAGUUACUAAAGAAAAAACUAAAAUAAAAAUUAAACCUCAAAUUCAAGAAAUUAAAAUAAAUGAAAAAGAAAUUAAAACUCCUUUUAAAUUAACAGAAAACCUUUCUGAAAACUCAAAACAAAUUAAAAAUGAUGAAAAUAACACUGAACCUACUAAAGAAUUAAAAGAAAAUGAAGAAGCACAUUUACAUAUAUCAACUCCAACAGAACAAAAAGUAAUUUUUGAAGAUGAUAGUGAUGAACCUUUUAUUGAUAGUCCUUCAGAUACUAGAAUUCAAACGUUUUAUGAAGAAAAUAAUAAUGUACUCUCUUUAAUGGUUCAAGGAAUUCCUUAUAGAUGGAAUGAUAAUGACCUUCAAUUUUAUUUUCAACAGUAUAACCCAAUUCAAUCAAGAGUUAUUUAUGACGACAGAAAUUGUCUUUCUCUCGGUUUUGGAUUUAUAGAUUUUUAUUCAGUAAAUGAUGCACUAUCUUUGGUUCAAGACGUUCACCAUUUUAUCCUUGAAGGAAGAGAGUUAUUAGUCUUUAUGGCCUCAGCUAAACCAAUUAAUUGUACCACACCACCUUUACCGCCUGAACUUAAUAACAAACAAACUUCAAAAAGUUGUAUUACAAAACCAACCGACGGUGGAUGUAAACGACCUCAACACGAUUUACCACCAAUUGAACCACGACAUAUCCAAUAG